AUGAGCCGACCAAGACCAAAGGGCCGGCUUCCGCCCCCCGGCGCGGCAAGCUUUGGUUCUAUUGGCCCUGCUGCCGGCGGUUUUGGUGGCUUCGCCCCCGUGCAGAACAAAAGCGGCCUUGCCUACCUGUCUGACCGGCAUGAUCUGUCUGGCAUCUCAGACGCAAAUGCGGUUGUGCAGUUCAAGAAUCUGCUAAAGAAGGACGGCAAGACGAAAGCAAGAGCACUAGAAGAAUUGGUCGCUUAUGCGCAGGCACAUUCCUUUGAGAGCGGCGGAGUAGAAGACGCCAUACUGGAGGUUUGGGUACAGCUUUUUCCCCGAUUAUCUAUCGAUAGCGAGCGAAAGGUCCGAGAGCUCGCCCACAAUGUACAGUUCGAAUUCAUGAAGUCUGCAAAAAGGCGAAUGGAAAGACACGUUCCCAAGAUUGUCGGACCGUGGCUUGCGGGCGUCUACGACCGCGAUCGGGCUGUCUCGCGGGCCGCAAGCGAUUGCAUCACGUCCUUCCUGAGCACGGAAGAGAAAACCCGGUUGUUCUGGAAGAAGUGCAAGCUUCAGAUCCUGGAGUAUGCCAUUGCGGCCCUGAAGGAGACGCCCACGACCCUGAGUGACAUGCGGUCCACCACGGAGGAGGAUGCCGCCUUAGUAUCACACCGCGUCUUAUACAGUAGUCUUUCGCUCGUCAUGGCCCUGUUGAGGAAGUUGGAUGUGGCGGACACGGAUGAGCUGCAAGACGCCUAUAUCCGCCUCUUCUCUCUCGACCGGCUCAUGGGCUGUGCAGUCUCCAAAGACAGCCACGUCCGGAGGGCGGUGUACGAGGUCAUCAAGGCUGCUCUCGAAAUAAGACCGGUCUUCCUGGAAGCACAGAUGGAACGGCUCACACAUACGCUGACACAAGAUGCUGUCAAAACGAGUCAAACGGGAUCGGUUGGGGUGUUGAUAGACCUGUUGACGUACGUCUCAAAGACGCAGCCGCAAAUAUGGGACGGCAAGGUCCAUCCUCUCACACAGCUUCGGCCGUUAAUGGAAAAAGGAUCCCAAGGGGAUCUAUCACACAACUUCUGGCAGAACCUAGAUGCGCUACUCAACUCUGUGCACCCGAGCUGCCCAGGAAACAUUUCCCAGAAAGAGGCUGCCAAUAUCCUGAUAUCGUUCAGGACCGGAAUAUCCCGACGAGAAGAACCAAGGAGCAACGCUGUGAGCGGCUGGACUGCUUACCUUUCGAUGGCCAAAUAUCUUAUCGGCACAGUGGAACCGAAAGAAGCAAUGGCUGGACUUGCCGAGACUCAUAUAUUGCCCCUCUUUGGGCAUUAUGUGUAUCCACCAGACAAGUCGGUCUGGAGCACGGGUGCGCAGCUGCCCAUCAUCACAAGGGCAUCCCUCCUGUGUUGCCGGCCAGUCUUCCCCGACGUCGUGGAAUCGGCGCGGGCUGAAUGGACGAAGCAGUCGGCCGCUCUGGUUGCACGGAUGUGCAAUUCUCUGCCAGAGGUGUCAAAGGAUUACGCGCGCUCGCAGCAAGAGAUUGCCAACGAGGGCGAUCGGUGGUUUUCGUUGAUACACGACGUACAUCGGACGGUGCAGACGGCGGCAUCUGCAUCCAGCGGCCCGGCCAACUUGGUCGAGGAUGUGCUGCUGAAACCGACUCUGGAUCUCGUCCGCAGCGCCGCCGAUCUCCUCAAAAGACGAAACUACAAGCCGUUUGGUGCUGCGCAUGUCGUCAGCACGGCCUUUGCCCAGGCCUCCCACAUUCUUCGGCGCGAGGGCCGAGAUGUCGCAGAGGCUCUUUUCCCAGUACAAGAUAAGAAUGAGCUUUCCCUGCUGCUCGCAUCUCCGUCAGCACCACAGCUCCUUUCGGGCUUGCGGGCCAUGGCAAGCAUUCCGGAGUGCGCAGAGCUGUACAAGUCGGCAUUCUCGGCCGUCAUGGUUCUUCUGCUCGAGAGCACUGAUUCCGAGACGACGGCAAGGCACAUCACACUACUCAUCAGUGACACGUCGGAUUACGCUGCUUCAACAAGCCAAAGCAACGAGGCGCUGCAGACAUGUCUGAGGAAGUUGUGCUUCGAUACGGUCGCAAGAAAGCUCUCGAGCUGGGACCUUUUCAGAGCGGCAUUUGCAUACAAUGCCUUGUCGCAAACGACUGGCAAGGCUUUAGCAUUUGAUGUUGUACAGGUCCUCGGCACUCCAGACGUAGAGGUGGGAAGCGUCUUGACGGCCUUGGAAACUAUUGCAAGCAAGAACCCCGAAUUUCUGCCACAGGGAGAAACACAUACGCUGGACCUGGUCACCAAGCUGCUUGCAGUAACGGAGAUCAACGACCCUUUGCUGUCCUCCAAAGUCGAGUUACUCCGCUCGCUCAUCGGUACACACUCCAAAGGAGAAACACCUCUGAUCAAGAUCAUCCAGGAGAACCUGGACAGCACAGGGCCGGAUUCUUUAGAGAUAGACACGCUUGUUGAGCAAGCGACGAGCAUAUCGAAAAGCGCCACAGCAGAGGAGAAAGAGAGCCUUUUCCCGAGCACCAACAUUUGGAUGAAAGAAUUGUUGCAGUUCCUGCAAGAAGACCUUGACCCGGCACUGUCUCUUACGAGUCGACUCGGCGGGGCCUAUCUCCUGGCACACGGAUUUCCAAAGCAGGCCAAUACAGGACCGAUCAAGCGCGACCAACACGGGCAGUCGAUUCCGGCCAGGAUGGCAGCAUACACACUGAAGGUUUUGGAGGAUGGGUUUGACCUUUCCUCUCUCCCGAAGACGCUCGGCGUUGAACUUCUGUAUAUGCUCUAUCUGGUGGCAGAAAUCGGGUCGGACCAGAUCGCUGUAGCCAGCUCGAAGAGUCUCUGGGACGCGCUGUCUGACCCCUGGGCGGCGUCUGUGGCAGAAGACACAGUCUCCCAGAUACGCGCGCUGCUAGCUAAAAUCGUCGGCGGCGCACAGGGCGAGACGAUCUGCCAGGCACUGAUCGAGACGAUGCUUCGGCAAACGACCAAUGUUUCAGCGCUUUCCAUCUACACGGCACGAGCUCUGAGUGAGCUGCUGCAGACAAAGGUGGACAGCCGUGGGUUCACGCCAGCCGAGCAAGAGCAGGUUGCCAAACUGAACAUAUGGAAGACGAGCCCCGAGACAGCAUUGGGGGCGGUGGCGGUUCUUACUGGCUACGGCGAGCUGCUAGGGCCAUCCAAGACGGUGUCGACGUUCUGCAACCGACUUGUCAGCGACGUGGCGGGAGCCAAAGCGGACAGCGAGUCGACGCUGUUGACGCUGGUGCUGCUUAAUGCAUGCAUGUCGGUGUACGAGAUGGGCGAGCUGCCGGUUGCGACCAAUCGUCUGGUGUUUACGGUGAGGCAGAUGACGACCUGGUUUGUCACGGAGGAGUCGGACAGCGACGAAGACGAGGAGGAAGAGGAGGGCGAAAGGGGGGAGAAGAUCAACGAGAAGCUGGUAGCCAACUUUCGUGUGGCCACCGAGAGCUGCCGGGCACUGCAACGUCUGCUGCCCUGCAUCAAGGACAUAUAUGGGCCGCACUGGGAGCGAAGUAUAAAGUUCUGCGUCGAGCUGUGGACUCGGGCUGCGGAGGAGCCUCAAGACUCGAGCCUUUCGUGCGUGCAGGCGUCGCUGAAGCUGAUGGGAACACUGGAGGCGAUGGAGGAGCCCAACGACGAUCUCGCAGACGCUCUGCAGAUGUAUAGCGGACCGAAGUGGCAGGCGAUGUUGGGCCUGCUCUCAGCUAAGAGGUCCGAGGCGGGCCAGGCCCAGGAGAUCGUGGACGCGCUGCUCUGCCGGAUGACAAGGAAGAUGCCGCUGGACCAGGUCAAGGAGACGAGCGGGCUGUACGGACUGAUGGCGUCGGAGUCGCGCGAAGUGCAGACGGCCGGGUUCAACAUAUUGCACCGGGCGAUCCCAGCGGCCCAGGAGGAGCUGUCGUUCAACGUGAUCCUGGAAAAAAAGGAAAGGCACGGCUGCCGGACGAGCUGCUUACGAUCGUACCUGCUGUCGUGGCAGCUGGUGUUUGACGCGUUCAGCAAGGCGUCGGCCAAGGUGCGCGGCGACUACGGAGAGCAGCUGGGCACGGCAGGCCACCUGACAAGCCUGCUGGACUUUACGUUUGACGUGCUGGGCCACUCGGCAGCACAUGCGCUGAACCUAGACAAGGCUGGAUAUGGGGCAGCGCAGAUCACAGGCUACAACAUCACAAACGGCGAGGCAGAGACGGACGAACGCAACAUGCAGUGGCUGCUGGUGCACCUGUACUACGAGAGCCUCCGGUACCUGCCAGGGUCGUGUCGGGCGUGGUUUGCGGCAUGCCGAUCGAAGCAGACGACGCUGGCAGUGAGCACGUGGACGGCGCGGUACUUCUCGGCGAUCCUGACGGGCGACGUGCUGGACGACGUGGUGGCGUGGGCAAGCUCGCAGGAAGCCGAGGGGGCAACCGGAACGGACGAGAAGGCACUGCAGGUGCGGGUGAACAAGGCAGUGCGCGAGGUGGUGGCGAGUUACGAGGUGGACGACACGGAGGCGUCGAUGGUGGUGCGGCUGCCGGAGAACUACCCGAUCGACAACGUGGUGGUAGAGGGCGUGCACCGGGUGGCGGCGAGCCCGAAGAAGUGGCAGAGCUGGAUGAUGAUUGCACAGGGCGUCAUCACGUUUUCCAACGGCAAUAUCAUCGACGGGCUGCUGGCGUUCCGGCGGAAUAUCGUGGGGGCGCUCAAGGGACAGACAGAGUGUGCGAUCUGCUACUCGAUCGUGUCGGAGGACAAGCGGAUGCCGGACAAGCGCCUGGAUUGA